ACUCUUGUGGACAGUUUACAACAAGACCGAGCUCUCGCGCGGGUUAAACCAUAUAUAUUCGGUGCUCCGGAGAGCCUCACACUUCAACUUGUCAUCACCAUGGAGCGACUACUGUGUGCUUGUGUGUUUUUAGUCAUCGCGUUACCAGCCAUCGAAAGUGUAAGGGAUUCUUCGUGUCCGAGGAUCUGCGCGUCGCACGGUUAUGGAGAUCCUGUGUGCGGAACAGACGCCGUGAUCUACCCCAACAUCUGCGAGAUGAAGAAGAAAACUUGCGGAAAAGGUGUCAAGCUUUCCGCAGAUCCUAGUCUAUGUCAGAGGUCUUCGGGUUCGAAAUGCGAGCACAAGUGCAGCUCUGAGAAGGACCCGGUUUGCGGCACAGAUGGCCGCACUUAUCUGAACAGAUGCAUGCUGCAGGUCGAAAUUUGCAGAUUGGGAAUAGAUAUGUCGCACCUUGGGUCGUGCAACAACAUCAGCGCCCAUCGCGAAAACUGCCCGGUGGAUUGCAAACAGGCGCCUCAGGAUGGUCCAAUCUGCGGCAGCGAUGGGAACGUCUACAAGAAUACCUGCCAAAUGAAGCUGAUCACAUGCGGACAAGGCGUAGUUCGUACCAACAAGAAAUACUGUCAGACGACACGCCACUGCCGCGAAUCCUGCUGGAGGAACGCUAGACCCACCUGCGGAUCCGACGGGAAAAUCUACUCGAACGUCUGCCGGAUGAAGUCUAAGAAUUGCGGCAAACACGUCUUCGAAGUGCCAAUGGCUUACUGUCAAGAGGGACAGGAGAGGACUCGCAGCAGCUUAGUGUGUCCUUCCGAAUGCCCCAACGAACCGGAGCGACCAACGUGCGGUUCCGAUGGACAAAUCUACAAGAGCGAAUGCGAAUUGAAACUACUGAACUGCGGAUCUAACAAGAGGGUGUCUAAGGUCGACUUCGAGAAGUGCAGAAACCGCUUGCAGAAGUGCCUCAAGAUCAAGUGCUCGAACGACCCGGAUCCUGUAUGCGGGACGGAUGCGAGAACUUACAAGAACCAGUGCCUGUUGAACUUGGCUACGUGCUUGAAAGGUGUCCAGUUGGCGCAUCUCGGAAACUGCACCGGCCUGAAGGAACCGAACCCCUGUCCGGAUCAUUGCACGGACGUAGGCGGCGAACCCAUCUGCGGAUCGGAUGGUAACGUUUACAGGUCUCAGUGCGACCUGAAGAAGGAGACCUGCGGACAAUUGGUGGUUCAGGUUCCCGCACAGCACUGCAGGACGACGGCCUCCUGCAACGAGAGCUGCGACGCCAACGAGAGGCAGUUCGUCUGCGGCUCCGACAACAAGAUCUACAGAAGCGAGUGCCAAAUGAAGCGGGAUAAUUGCGGGAAACACAUCUACGUGGUGCCAUUGAAACGCUGUCUCGCCGGAUUCAUUUUCCGCGGAUGCCAGAAGAUCUGCCCCGACUACUAUGACCCAGUUUGCGGCACGGACAAUAUGACCUACAGCAAUGCCUGCUUCCUGGAACUGGAGAACUGUCGUUCCAGAUCUCUGGUCCAGAUGAAGAAUAUGGGCACAUGUGCUGAGCCGCUCAACGAAAUCCCCAAAAACUACUUGUACUGAUGAUCAAUUGGACAACGUCUACGCAUCAUCAUAUGUUACUCUAUAUUUUUUUUUCUCUAUACACACAAAGUGAUUAAUUUCCACUAUUUUCCAAAUAGCUUACAUUUAUUUAAAA